AUGUCGCAAUCGCAAUCGAAAUCGCAACCUCGCGCGAAACAACCCGCCGCAGAGCCGCGUCCCAGCGCCAGCAUCAUCCUCAUCUCCCCCACAAACCAAAUCCUCCUCCUCCACCGCGUAAAGACCUCCACGUCCUUCGCCUCCGCCCACGUCUUCCCCGGCGGCAACCUCGACGCCCUGCACGACGGGCCCGUUGCGCCUCCCACCGAAGGCGCACUUAGACACGCCGACGGGCCCGCGUACCGCAUCGCGGCGCUGAGGGAGUGUUUCGAGGAGAGCGGGAUUCUUCUAGCCAAGGGGAGGGAGGAUGGGAAGUUGGUGAGCGUGGGUGAGGGGGUUAGAGAUGAGGGGAGGAGGAAGGUGCAUAGUGGGGAGGUCAAGUUUAGGGAUUGGGUUGAGGGUGUGGGCGGUGUUCCUGAUGUUGACGGACUCAUCCCCUUCACGAGAUGGAUCACUCCCCCUCCCUCACCCAAACGCUUCACCACCCAAAUGUACCUCUACUUCCUCCCUCCCAACCCUGAAAGCACUCCCUCCUCUUCCUCUUCACCCUCCUCUCAAGAAACAGCUAUCACCAUCCCCACCGACACAUCUCCCAUCAUCGUCCCCACCCCCGACGGUGGCAUAGAACACACAUCCGCCACCUUCGCCACCCCCUCGACCUGGCUCUCCCUCCACCACGCCCGCAAAAUCAGCAUGUUCCCCCCGCAAUACUUCCUCCUCACCCUCCUGUCGCGCUUCUUCCCCCGCGCCGCCGAGGCCGGGACGCCCUCCCGCUCCGUCGUCGACCGCGAGCGGAGGGACCUGCUCGAGUUCAUCGGUAGGGUCCCCGCUACGUUUGGGGGCGAGCGGGAGUUGGGGCAUCCUACUUCGGCGAUUCCGUGGGCCGAGAAGAUUAUUAGCCCGAGGGUGUUGAAGGCUAGGGGCGAUGGGUAUCUUGUGUUGGGGCUGGAUAGGACGGGGGCGGAGGUGGAGGCUAUUGGGGACGGGAAGGUGAGGGGUGGUGUUGCGGAUGCGGUUGUGGUUGUGAAUCUGAAGGCGAAGGGUGGGCCGUGGAACUUGGGUGUGUUUGGAAAGGAUGAGGCGAUGAAGGAGGAGAAUCUGGUCAAGGGAGGAAAGCUCUAA